AUGGAUGACAGAGUGUGUAAUUUGUUCAUUGCUCUAAGGAGUUGGUUUCCCGAUGAAUUGAUUAAUGGAAAUUACCAAUUUAAUGAUGAUAGUAGAUAUAAAACGUAUCUUACUAAAGAUUCAUAUGAUGAUAUCGAUAAAAUUAACGGUUUUUGUUUAUUUUUGUUUAAUGGAAUUCUUAUACCUUCUUAUUCGUAUGAGCAUUACGAAAAAAGUAAUAUCAAUGCUGUUGGAUAUAUUUUGGCGUGGUUAAGUUAUAAGUUAAAUCAAAAAACAAAUGACGGGAUCUCUAAUUUGAUGGAUUUCUAUAAUAAGCAUAUGAAAAAUCUCAAUGAGUAUCAAAAAUCUAUAGAGGGUGCUACGGAACAUAAAAAUUAUAUUGAGGUUAUAAAAAAAAAUAUAGAUUUGCUGAAUAUUGAUCUUGAAGAUAUGUCUAAAUUUUAUGAAGCAUUUAUAUUAUUAUGUGACAUGUAUGAUGGAUUUGAUGAUGUCAAUCCAAAUUGCGAGAAAUAUUUGGAAUAUAAUAAUGAAUUUUUAAAAAAAUAUGAAGAACUUAAGAAAUAUUCUAGUACUUCUGUAAACAAUUCAUAUAUUCAAAUGUUGUCUACUUUAUCAAAUGAUUAUUACAAUUUAAAAAGUAAAUGUAAUCAUUUUUCAUCCCUUCUAACUUAUUCACUAAUUUCAAUUGCAUUUAUAUUUGUUGCAAUACCAAUUUUUUUGGGAAUUUCUUAUAAGUAUUCGUUAUUUGGAUUUCGAAAACGAUUACAAAAACAAUAUUUAAGAGAAAAGCUAAAAAAUAUAAAGAAGAGAAUGAAUUAUUAA